GUUUUGAUCAUUUGAUUCACGAUAACUGUUUCAUUAGCUCCUGGCUUACAAAGUGAACAAAGAUUUAGAUUUUUACCCAAAAGUUUUGACAAAAUUUUCUGCUAUUUAUAUAACAAUGAGAUUCCUAUGUAUUGUGGCGUUUGUGUUGUGUAUAGCGGGUGUGUUGUCGCAAAAGCCUAAAAAUAGGUCGUCCGACAAAAAUUGUGAGAAAUCUGAUUUUGAUCGCCACUCGAGUAAUGUGUUCGGACAGUUCGGAUUACCGGAGCUCAGUUUCCCCGAGACUCGCAAGGAGUUGAACACCUACUGCAAAAAGGCCAAAGAGAGCACAGAGUUUUCGAAACAGUACGGAACCAAUUGUCUGAAGAGCACAUCCCAGACCCUGAUGUCUUUGGCCACAUAUAACUUCGACAAAGUGAACAAACAGUACUGCGCCAAGAAUGGCAAACUCAAGGAUGCCUGGGUCAAUUGGUCUAAAUGUGGCAACAAGGCUAAGCCUGUGACGGAAAAGUGCUGGGACACUAUGUUGGUGAGAAUGGCUAACACCAAGAAAAUCAAGAAUAGUAAAAGUAGGAUUCCUACUAUUUGUUGCACUUAUUACCAAUGGAUCAAAUGUACGCGAAAGGCAUUGGAGGACAUGGGUAACGGUGUUUGCAACCGGGAAGCCGUCGAGGGAUUCACAGUUCACAUCAAUAAGGCAUCGGUCGACUCAAUGAAUCUGAUAUGUAGUCGCUAUGAGGACAACCCGCAAAAAUGUGAGGCCUAUUUCAAGGAAAUCCCCACUGGACGA